GCAAUAAAACAAAAACUAUUUAUUUAUUUAUUUAUUACCCUGGCAUCUCUUUACAUAUAGUUUUCCUCAAAAUUCAAUCUCCGCGUUCACACCACACCUUGCGUUCACACUCACAUAUAUAUUAUAAAAUAAAAAAUUCCCAUCAAAACUCAACGGAAACAGAGAAUUCACAAGAGGGGACACACAAAUUUGUGAGACUGUUCCGUAUCAAUAGCCAUAGAACAACAUCAACAACAACACUUUUCUUCUCUAUUGUCUUUAUGAAACUACCAACAACCUUUGCAGACCCAGAAUCCUUGUCUUACCUUUACACCUUGCUUCAAACAUCAUUCGAUCAAAUGAACGACCCUAACAACAACAACACCACCACCGCCACAACUACCAGAAAGCGCCGCAGAAAAAAUGAAAACGAUGAUGAUGAUGAUGAUGAAGAUGAUGAUGAUGGUUCAACCAACAACAAUCAGGAACAACAAGGAGCAAACAACAGGAACAAGAGCAAGAAGAAGAAGGAAGAAUUAAAGGGUAUUCUCACUUCGAUUCUGUUACUGGAUGAACAAGAGAAACUUGAUCAGGAACACCACAAUAAGGUCUCAGAGGAAGAGAAAUUCUCUUUGGACAAUAACAACAAGAAGAAAACCAAGGCCAUGCUUCAGUACUAUUCCAACUUGGGUGAUUAUUACAACCAAGUUGAAGAAUUUGAACGAGUUAAGAGAAAGAAGUCACGGGGCAUGGCUAUUGCUGCUGUUACUGCUGCGGCAUCUGAGGGAGAAGGUGAAGGUGGUGGUGUUGAAGGGGUGAAAUCUGGUGUGGGUGGUCCACAGCGGAGGUUGUGGGUGAAGGAUCGUUCAGGGGCAUGGUGGGAUGAAUGUAACAGAGAAGAUUUUCCUGAAGAAGAGUUUAAGAAGGCUUUUCGAAUGGGAAGGUCAACUUUUGACAUGAUAUGUGAGGAGUUGAAUUCAGCAAUUGUGAAAGAAGAUACAACUCUUAGGAAUGCUAUUCCUGUUAGGCAAAGGGUUGCUGUUUGUUUGUGGAGGUUGGCCACUGGUGACCCUCUUAGGCUUGUGUCUAAGAGGUUUGGUUUGGGUAUAUCGACUUGUCAUAAGUUGGUGCUUGAGGUUUGCACUGCUAUUAAGACUGUGCUUAUGCCUAAGUAUUUGCAAUGGCCUGAUGAGGCUACCUUGAGGAGGAUUAAGGGUGAGUUUGAGUGUGUUUCUGGGAUUCCUAAUGUGGUGGGGUCUAUGUAUACCUCACAUGUUCCUAUUAUAGCUCCUAAGAUUAGUGUGGCAGCUUAUUUUAAUAAGAGGCACACUGAGAGGAAUCAGAAGACUUCUUAUUCAAUAACGGUUCAGGGUGUGGUUGAUCAUAGAGGGGUAUUCACUGAUGUGUGCAUUGGGUGGCCUGGAUCAAUGCCUGAUGAUCAGGUGUUGGAAAAAUCUGCUCUUUUUCAAAGGGCUAGUGGGGGCCUUCUGAAAGGUGUGUGGAUUGUUGGGAGUUCAGGGUACCCUUUGAUGGAUUGGGUUUUGGUGCCUUAUACACAGCAGCAUCUUACUUGGACUCAGCAUGGCUUUAAUGAGAAGAUUGGAGAAAUUCAGAAGGUUGCGAAGAAUGCAUUUGCCAGGUUGAAAGGGAGGUGGUGUUGCCUGCAGAAGAGGACUGAGGUGAAGCUGCAGGAUUUGCCUGUUGUUCUUGGAGCUUGCUGUGUGUUGCAUAACAUAUGUGAGUUGAAGGGUGAGAAAAUGGACCCUGAGCUGAAGAUUGAUCUUAUGGAUGAUGAGAUGGUGCCUGAGGUUGCUUUGAGAUCAAUAAACUCCAUGAAGGCGAGGGAUGCAAUUGCUCAUAAUCUUCUACACCAUGGCCUUGCAGGCACUUCUUUUCUUUAACUGAAAGGUUGCGUUUGAUAUGCCAUUUUGCUGCUUGAGAUCAUGAUUCUUUUGCUUGUUUACAUGAUGUUGAAGCCAUUAUUGGUCAUUGUUUGUUGAAGGGGCUUUGUAAAAGAUGUAUUGACCCCUUCUAUAUGAUGAUAGUUUACAUAGGGUUAGAUCCUGAAUUGUAACCCAAUUCUAUACUUUAAUUGCCAAAUAAGAGAUUAAUUAAUAAAAUUAUAACAUUCUU